AUGCGUAAAUAUAAACACAGAAAACGUAAUAAAUGCGAUGAUUUUCAUCAAUUAGAAACUCGACUUACAUUAUGCGGAAAACUAAUAGACGAAUUUAGUGAAAUUCAAGCGGAAAUAGAAGAAGUAGUAUCAGACGCGGAUUUAGAAGCAGAAUAUAAAGAACGCGAAGCAUUUUCGAAUGAAUAUUUUCACGAAAUUAGUAAAGCAAAAAAAUUGAUUUUUGAAUACAACAAAAAUAGUAAUAGCAAUUUAGAUACCGAAAGCGCAGCGGCCAGAGACAGUGUCUUUCACACAAAUGUAAAACUUCCCCCCAUACAAGUGCCUAAGUUCAGUGGCGACUAUGAGACGUGGUUAGAGUUUCGUGAAACCUUUGAAUCAUUAAUUCACACAAAUGAAUCGCUUACUGGCAUUCAGAAGUUUCACUACUUAAAAGUAUCCUUAGCGGGUAAUGCAGCUGAGGUGGUUUCAUCUCUGGAAUUUUCUGCGAACAAUUACGCUGUAGCUUGGGAUCUCUUGUGUGAUAGAUAUAAUAACUCGAGACUUUUGGUUCAAAAUCAUAUAAAAGCGAUAUUUAACAUUCAAGCGUUUUCAAAGGAAUCAUCUAAAACAUUACGUAAUAUAAUAGACACAUUAUCAAAACAUCUUAAAGCUCUCAAACAGUUAAACCAACCUGCUGAGCAUUGGGAUACUCUUAUCAUAUAUAUAGUAACAUCCAAAUUAGACACCGGAACGAUUAGGGAUUGGGAAGAAUAUAUUUCAAAGUUAGAUGUCCCAAAACUUAGUGAUCUAAAAUCUUUUCUAAAAUCAAAGGCUGACCUACUUGAAACAAUUGAGUUAAAAGGUAGCGAUACGCGUUAUAAAUCAAAUAAAAUAAACACAUCAAAGGUGUUCUUAAAUAACGAUACGGAUGAAAACAUCAAUAGUCAAGUUUUAGUUUCUAAUACACAUGCUAACGCGCAUGAUAAGUCGAAAAUUCCUUUUAAUUUUACAUCACUUUUAUUAUUUAGAUAUGAAAUGCACAUGGACGCAGUACAUCCAGAAGAUACAGUUCGUCGAUUUAUUUUAUCGUACUCUUUGGCAGACGGUUCCUGUAUGAUUCAAGAACCUCCGAUUCGAAAUUCUGGAAUAAUUGGAGGAAAAUAUCUACGCAGCACGCUUCUUGUAAAGCCAGGAUCAGAUCCAUUAAAUCCUGACUUGUACACUCCGGUAGAUUUUUAUAUUGGUGCUCUCAUAGUAGUAUAUUCACAGAGAUUUAUUAUAACAGGCGCAGAUUUAUACGUAUAUAGAUAUAUGCAAGAGAACUCUAGCAAAUUUCCUUGUGAAGUUAUCGAAAACAUGAGAAACUGGAUGUUCCAGCAAGGCCAUUUGAAAGACGAUAUCGAUGACUUAGUUAAAGAUAAAUUUGAGGCUGAAAGGAAAUUUGAUGAGACCAUGAAAGACGAACAGAAAAUAACUGACUUUGAUAAAUGCCUGAAAGAUUUUAAUGUUGGUGGGGGAGACAUAGAGAGUGAAGCAGACAAACAGAAACAUGAAAAAAUUUUGCAAGAAUACGAAGAUUCCAUUAAACAUACAUAUAAGGUGCCUCCAUAUGGAAUUUUACCAGUUAAUAAAACUUGCGCGUAUCCUAUAUAUACAGGGGAACCAAAAGACUUGACUUGCUCCGAGGACAUAGAGGGAAAAUAUGCGUUAUAUACUCCAAAACAUAUUGAUACUCCAGAAGAAGUGAUUGAAAAGUACUAUGCCGGGGUCCUAAAAGAUCAGCAACAGGUUUGCGAUGGUAGAUAUCCAAUUGAAUGCACAGAUUCCCCAAGUAAAGACAAGUUAACUGACGAUCGCCAAGAUAAAAAUAGGUUGUUAAGGGUUAGUCCGCCAGAUAUACCAUCAGGAGCAUGUAAAAUUAAACAAAAAACUGUAAAAUUUGAAGAUGAAGAUAAAUGCGCAAGAAGCGCUGAUGAUUUAUGCGAUCUUAAAACGGAGAAAACACAUUGCGACUGUACUGAUUAUUUAAAAGACUGUUUAUGAUUCUAAAUAUACCAAAUUUUAUUUA